UCAUCAUCAGAUUUUAUUUUGUUUUUUUUUUGUUGUUGUUUAUUUGUUUCAAAACAGUCUAAAUUCAAUCUGUGAUUCGUAAAUUAACACUAAUCAAUUGGGAUUCGAAAUUGAUAAUGAAUCAACAUCAGCGUGAAAUUCUAAACGUAUCGAUUAAUGAUGAAGGUAAUCUAUUCGUCGCUUGUAUGGAUUCAGGUGUUCGUAUUUAUAAUAUGGAACCAUUAGUUGGUAAAUUAUUUAUCGAUUCAACAAUUAUUGGAUCCGUAUCGAUAUGUAAAUUAUUACAUCGUACAAAUUUAAUUGCAAUUGUUGGUGGUGGUCAACGGCCCAAAUUUGCUGAUAAUACCGUAUUGAUUUGGGAUGAUUAUCAGAAAAAAUUCGUUCUGGAAUUUACAUUCGCUAAUCGUGUACUAGCGUUGAAAAUACGACGUGAUCGUUUAUUCGUUGUCGAACGUAAUCGAAUACAUUGUUUUUCAUUUCCAAAUUCACCAACAAAAUUAUUUUCAAUCGAAACACGUGAUAAUCCGAUGGGCAUCUGUGAAGUGACACCAUUGACCAAUGCAGCUGAAAUUCAAUUACUUGCCUAUCCCGGUCAUCGUAUUGGUAGUGUUCAAUUAUUGGAUCUAUCACAUACAAAUCGAUUGUUAACGGUCAAUAAUCAUCAUCAUCAGCUUUACAAUGCACAACAAAAUUUGGACACUGUUGAAGAGUCCGAUGAAACAAUGACCAAUGGUAAUAUGACUGCAGCUACUGUUGCUGCGUCGGCAUCAUCCUCAAUAUCACCAUCAAGUAUUUCAGCACAUACUUCCGAUAUAGCAUCAAUAGCAUUGAAUCGAACAGGUACAUUGUUGGCAACUGCAUCACGUAAAGGAACAUUAAUACGAAUAUUUCGUACAAUCGAUACAGAUGGUAAUAUAGCAAAUAAAUCAAAUAUCAAUAAUCAUUAUCAACAUAAUCAUCAUCAACAACAACAAUAUGUACCAUUAUCACCAGUACAAAUUAUUGAAUUUCGUCGUGGUAUCGAUCAGGCUAUGGUAUAUGGAAUUGUAUUUUCACCAGAUUCUGAAUAUGUUCUUGUUUCAAGUGAUAAAGGUACUGUGCAUAUAUUUGCAUUGAAAGAUACACGUCUAAAUCGACGUUCAACAUUAUCAUCGAUGCCAUUAGUGAAUAAUAUGCAAUUAGCUAGCUAUGCAUUAGCUAAAUUUACAUUAACAGCUGAAUGUGCUUGUGUUUGUUCAUUUGGUGGUGGUAAUGAUCGCCGUUCGGUUUAUGCUAUCUGUGUUGAUGGAACAUUUCAUAAAUAUAGUUUCAAACAUGAUGGUACAUGUGUUCGAGAUAAUUUUGAUACAUUUCUAAAUGUACCAGAAGAAGCUGAUCAUAUUUUACUCUGAAAACAAACAGUCAAUCAAUCAAUAAAAUAUAUACAAUAAAUAAUAA